AUGGCAGAGCGGGACGGAGGGGCGGUAGGUGGUGACGGUGAUGACAGCGAUGAUAAGGAAAAGGAAGAGGAAGCCGAACGUGAACGGCAGGAGGCCAUCCGCGAGGCCGAGGAGAGACGCAAGGAGAAGCAUCGGAAGAUGGAGGAGGAGAGAGAGAAGAUGCGCCAGGAGAUAAGGGACAAGUACAAGAUUCCCAAGAAGGAGGAGAUAGCGGAGCAACAGCAACAGGAGCCGGACAACCCUCUGAUGAGGAAGAAGAAGACGCCCGAGGAACUGGCUGCGGAGGCCGAGCUGGAGGACCAGGAUGAGUUCACUAAACUGAAGAACACCAUAGAAACACAAGUGAACGAACUCAAGUCUCAGAUCGAGAGCAAGUGCGUGAUGCAUUAA